UGAGGGAAAAAACAUAUGUUAAAAUAAUAUUUUACCGUGCCAUCUUUUAGUUUCAAUAUUUCUAUUUUCUCAGUGUCUUAUCUUACCUUUUGUAACAUUCAAUCCAUUCAAUACUAUCGAUUCAGCUGAUUAUAUUUUUUGGUUAUUGUUCCUGAUAAAAUGGUUUAAUUUAAUAUGAGUCACCUUAACAACUGAUUUCAUGAAAUGACUAAAUACUCAGUUUAUACCUUAACACUUCGUAUAAAUAUAAUUUGCCAAAUAACUCCAACCCACAGUUGUAAUUUCACAACAGGUUAGAAAACAAGAAAAGUGCGCCAAGAUUAAUGAUUGUUUCAAAAGUUAAAUUUUUGUUGAUUUGUAUUUUGUUUUCAACAAUAAUGGCGAAUGAGGAUAACUUGGCGAAUGCGGAUGUCAGUAGUCGAUCCGACUAUGUUCGCAGUAUUUUUGGUCUAGUACAUGGGAACAAUAAUGAUGAAACCAACAGUUGUAUUUGUGAAACCCUAAAAGAUAAAAUUAAGAAGCUUGGCAUUCAACAUCCCGAAUUGAAGCAUUGGUUUGACGAACUUCUUGAUUUUAUUGAUUUUGCAUCGAAUUACUUUUAUAUAUGUGGGGAACUUGCAUUAAACCAUGAAAAAAAGAAAUGUUAUUUGGUCUUUUUACACAAAUGGGAGCAAUUGAUUGUAAAAUUACCAGAGGAACGAAGGAAAGAAAUCCUCGAAAAAAUUAAAAUCGAUUCACUUGGAAACAAUGGUAUGAAGCAAUACGAAAGCGCAAUACAUGAAAUACAAAAUAUUUACGAUGAGAUGUUUAAAGAUAUAAAAUAGAUUUAUUUACAUGUCCAAUGUAAUGUAUUAUCUUUAAAAUGAAAUAUACCUCUUAUUUAUUAGAUUUUAUAUAUGCAAGGCUGAGAGUUAAAACCAAAUAAGUGAGUAAAAAGUUCUUAUUGUUAUACACAAAAAGGUUCAAAAUUGCGUAGCAUUCUAACAUCACAUUUUUGGUUUUUACUCUCAGCCUCACAUAUAAAGCAACUGAAUUACUAUUUUUCAAAUUAUGCUAUUACUAGGUAUAUCGACCAAAAAUUUUCUAAUCAAUGUAACCCGUCGACUCUUUUUUAAGUAGACGUUAAAACCGAAUAAACAAAAAUAAAAUAAAAGCAUCAGAUUAAAAAACAAAA